GUUUUGUUUAUACGAGUGAUAAUAGAAUGUGGUUUUGCAUCGAGUUUGAUUGUUUUAAGAUGUUAUUUGUUGGGAUAAAUUAAAUCAAAAUGAAGAGACGAAUCGCGGGCGUAAUGUACAUCCUGAUAACGAUUGCGCUCGUUAACGAGAUGUCCACAGCGCACGCCAGGGACAACAAUAAAAGACGGACAAAAGAUAAAACUGGUGGCUUUCAAAAGAAUAUUUGCGACAUCACCGAUCGUGACUCUAAAGUCCAUUGCUAUUGUGAAAACGCAAGAGAACCAAGGAACGCAUCAAAAGCGGAAUGCUGGGUAUUCAACGGUGGGAUAUCGCCCGAUGAUUACAUCUGGCAGAGCUUUGCCUCGCAGCCCACUUUGCAAACUUUAUCGUUUAAUGUUCGCGUCGACGGCGCACUAGGCUACGUGCCUACAAAGGCACUCCAAUACUUACAAAGGCUGCGAACCAUUAACAUUAAAUAUGGAAACAUUGUUGACGUCACAACUUUUGCUUUUGCAAAUUUAACCAACUUAAAGGAGGUGACUCUUUCCCAGAAUCAAAUCGAAACGUUACAACAGUACGCGUUCGCGCACCUGCCUAAUAUAACCAUGAUAAAUCUAGAAGAAAAUAUGAUAGUAGAAAUUGCUAGGGAUGCAUUUUUCGAUAUACCCAAAUUGCAAAAAUUAGUGUUUACAAAAAACAAUAUAUCCCAUAUCAAAGAUGGUGCGUUUCAGUAUACGUUUAAUUUGCUAGAAUUAGAUUUGAACAGGAACAAUAUACAACAUUUGAAUCGACAUACAUUUGAUGGAUUAGCAAAUCUUCGGAGGUUGGAUCUUCGACGAAACCAUAUAUUUAAUUUGACAGAGUUCACGUUCGCGGAGUUGUGGAACUUGCAAGAGCUUCUCCUGGGAAAGAAUGACUUGAAGUAUAUAUCGGAGAGAGCUUUCGAUGGGUUGUCUCAACUUAGAAAGUUAUCCCUAGACGAUAAUAAGCUCGCGGCGCUGCCUUCCGGUUUGUUCGAGGGUGUGAGAGGCCUCAGUUCACUUGAUUUACGCUCCAACGAACUACACGCCCUAACUUUCGACAACAUCAAGCCCAUAUUAGACAACUUGAAGCCACAAAACAGCAAUUUGCUCGUUGAAGAAAACAACUUCGUUUGCGACUGCCGACUGAAAUGGAUGCAUUCACUGCGAAACGAUACAAAAAGCCAGAGCACUAAAGAUUCACUCGAGAGCGUCACUUGCAAAAACGAUCCACCCAUCGUUAGUUCCGCUUACAACAAAAUGUCUGCAUCCGACACCAAUUUGGAUUUCAACAAAGAUAUACUACAUGCUGGAAUUACUAUUGAAACUAUUGAUAAAAAUAAUAUAACAGACAAAAAGACAACAGCUGAAGAUCUAUCGAAGGACCAUAUGAAUGACAUUCUAACACCUUCGAAGAAAGGUAUUAAAAGAACAGUAUUGAAAAUUCCACCCGAGACGUUACCAUGUCCAAUAGAAGUUCGAACAACGACUGAAAUUAUUCCAUACAUGAUCGACCCAAUGAUACCAAUUCAAAAUGAAAUGAAAACAUUUCGAUUCCAUGAUAUGAAUAGUGCUUGUAGACUGUCUGUUUCCAUUGUAUCGAGUAUGUGUUUUGUUUUUAUAUUUACAUAGAAUUUAAGUCAAUUUAAAUAUGGGAGAUUCAGACUUUAUCUUAUUCAGAUAAAGUAGUGUACUGAAAGUGUAUAGCACUGAAAAGUUGAAUAUUUUUAAAUUGUUAAUUAUCUUGUAUUUCAAACAUUUCUUUAUUGCGUUCAAGGUAUUUGUUUUUCUAACUUUGGUGAGACAUUAUCGUAAACUAAUAUGAACGGUUAAAACAUCAUCAUCAUCAGCUUACUAUAUGUCCCCACUGAGCUCGGAGCCUACCCUAAGUUAGGGGCUGCAUCACGGUGUUUUCCUUCAACGUAACGGUUAAAAAAAUUCACGUAUAUUUGCCCGGUGACAGCGCCGAUUAGUUUCGAGCCCGUUGGGUGCCCUUCAUCAGGGUAAGUGACGGAGCCCCUCGAUCAUCUCGCGCCUGCGCUCUUAGGGCGCGCCUCGAGGAGGCGGGGGGCAGGGGAUGCGCCCGCGUCUUCGACGAGUUUGAUACUGAAGCGUGACUGAUGUUGCUGUUCAAGCUUAGUUUCAGGUAGUCCUGAAACCGACUAAAUAUACGUG